CCAUCAAGUGCUCACUUUCAUCAACAUGGUGUAAGCUAUAGUUAGGAUUAGUUUGAUUAGACUUACGUAGAGCUAGGUAGUGUGGUGUAGGAUCAGCUACGACUGGUUGGACAGUUUCUUGAGUUGAGCUUACAUUACACACGAUUCACUAGGACGUGGUGCAUUGGAGGAGGUUAGUUAGACCUAAAUGGCGUUCCAGACCAGCGGUUCUCAACCUGUGUGUGUGUGUGGGGGGGGGGGGUCGAACAACCCUUACGCAGGGUUCGCCUAACACCAUGGGAAAACACAUAUUUAUGAAGUAGCAACAAAAAUAAUUUUAUUUGUUUGGGGGGGGGGAGGGGGGGGGGGUCAUCACAACAUGAGGUGUGUGGGGGGGGGGGUCGAACAACCCUUACGCAGGGUUCGCCUAACACCAUCGGAAAACACAUAUUUAUGAAGUAGCAACAAAAAUAAUUUUAUUUGUUUGGGGGGGGGGAGGGGAGGGGGGUCAUCACAACAUGAGGAACUGUAUAAAAGGGUCGCGGCGUUAGGAAGUUUGAGAACCACUGCUCUAGAGAAUCGUUAAGGCUAAGUGUUGAUGAUUGAAAUGCAUCAAAUGAAUGCAUGUAUAUUGUUGUCUAUUAAUAAAUCAUUGCACGUAAUCCCCAUUCUUGCAUUACACAGCGUCCUGUCCGUUAAUCUCAUCUUUAUAUGGGGCUUUAGGAAAUGGAGGUCAAGGAAAGUUCACCAUCUACCAUCAACCUUGUCUGACAGAACUAGUUCAUGUAAUGUAAGUGUUGCGUAAAAGAUCUAGUUCGUGUAAUGUAAGGGUUGCAUAACAGAUCUAGUUCAUGUAAUGUAAGUCUUGCAUAAGAGAUCUAGUUCAUGUAAUGUAAGUGUUGCGUAACAGAUCUAGUUCAUGAAAUGUAAGUGUUGCGUAACAGAUCUAGUUCAUGUAAUGUAAGUGUUGCAUAAGAGAUCUAGUUCAUGUAAUGUAAGUGUUGCAUAAGAGAUCUAGUUCAUGUAAUGAAAGUGUUGGGUAACAGAUCUAGAUCAUGAAAUGUAAGUGUUGCGCAAACAGAUCUAGUUCAUGUAAUGUAAGUGUUGCGUAACAGAUCUAGUUCAUGUAAUGUAAGUGUUGCGUAACAGAUCUAGUUCAUGUAAUGUAAGUGUUGCGUAACAGAUCUAGUUCAUAUAAUGUAGCGGUUGCAUAACAGAUCUAGUUCAUGUAAUGUAAGUGUUGAAUAAAAAAAGAAUGCAAACACAUAAAAUCCACUUUAAAAAGGGGGUGGGCAGGGUAUCUCCUACGGGCAAUAGUUUACCCACGGGUUAGCACAUUAAAUCUGUUAUUUGCAUUUGUUAUAAUAAUUCAUUUUUAUCGGUUAAUAUUUAAAAUGAAUUGAUGAAAUGUCAUUUUCAAUUAUUUUCAAUUACUUCUAUUUUCUUAAGUGAAUUUUCACUCUCUCAAACUUGUAUAAAUUAGCACCAUUUUAAAAAUGGUAGUCAAAAUUGAUCUAAUACCUGCUCUGUUGUUCUCUAUUUUACCAGAAACUUCUCAGGAGACUGCAGAGUAAAGCAUACAGUGGGGAAACCUAUUUAAGUAAGUACAUGUAUUUUAACUCAUCUUGAAACGACGAUAUCCUAAAAGAUGUGUGACAAUAUAGUAUGACAGUACGCGCACAGGACGUUGCUGUUACCGUCGAGGUCUCGACUUCGAACAAUGUUGUUGGUGGGCAUGUCCCGGGUCUAGUGAUCUAAAAGCGAAUUUAUGUUUUAGCCCCCCAUCCCUCGCCCAAUCGAGGCCGUAUUGUGUGCUAACCCUAUCCAGGCCAUGCUGUGUGCUAACCCUAUCCAGGCCAUUCUGUGUGCUAACCCUAUCCAGGACAUAAUGUGUGCUACCUCCUAUCCAGGCCAUACUGUGUGCUAACCCUAUCGAGGCCGUAAUGUGUGCUACCUCCUAUCCAGGACAUAAUGUGUGAUACCUCCUAUCCAGGCCAUACUGUGUGCUAGCCCUAUCGAGGCAGUAAUGUGUGCUACCUCCUAUCCAGGACAUAAUGUGUGCUACCUCCUAUCCAGGCCAUACUGUGUGCUAACCCUAUCCAGGCCAUGCUGUGUGCUAACCCUAUCCAGGCCAUGCUGUGUGCUAACCCUAUCCAGGCCNCGAGGCAGUAGUGUGUGCUACCUCCUAUCCGGGUCAUAUUGUGUGCUUCCUCCUAUCCAGGCCAUACUGUGUGCUACCCCUAUCCAGGCCAUGCUGUGUGCUAACCCUAUCCAGGCCAUGCUGUGUGCUAACCCUAUCCAGGCCAUGUUGUGUGCUAACCCUAUCCAGGCCAUGCUGUGUGCUAACCCUAUCCAGGCCAUGCUGUGUGCUAACCCUAUCCAGGCCAUGCUGUGUGCUAACCCUAUCCAGGCCAUGCUGUGUGCUAACCCUAUCCAGGCCACGCUGUGCGGUAACCCUUGUCGAGGCCGUAAUGUGUGCUACCUCCUAUCCAGGACAUAAUGUGUGCUAGCCCUAUCGAGGCCGUAAUGUGUGCUACCUCCUAUCCAGGACAUAAUGUGUGCUACCUCCUAUCCAGGACAUAAUGUGUGCUAGCCCUUUCGAGGCCGUAAUGUGUGCUACCUCCUAUCCAGGACAUAAUGUGUGCUACCUCCUAUCCAGGACAUAAUGUGUGCUAGCCCUAUCGAGGCCGUAAUGUGUGCUACCUCCUAUCCAGGAUAUUAUGUGUGCUACCUCCUAUCCAGGACAUAAUGUGUGCUAGCCCUAUCGAGGCAGUAAUGUGUGCUACCUCCUAUCCAGGACAUAAUGUGUGCUAGCCCUAUCGAGGCCGUAAUGUGUGCUACCUCCUAUCCAGGACAUGACAUAAUGUGUGCUACCUCCUAUCCAGGACAUAAUGUGUGCUACCUCCUAUCCAGGACAUAAUGUGUGCUACCUCCUAUCCAGGACAUAAUAUGUGCUAGCCCUAUCGAGGCAGUAAUGUGCGCUACCUCCUAUCCAGGACAUAAUGUGUGCUAGCCCUAUCGAGGCAGUAAUGUGCGCUACCUCCUAUCCAAUCCACACUGUGUGCUACCUCCUAUCCAGGCCAUACUGUGUGCUACCCACUAUCUAGGCCGUGCUGUGUGCUACCCGCUAUCCAGGCCAUACUGUGUGCUAUCCACUAUCCAGACCAUACUGUGUGCUACCCACUGUCCAGGCGUGCUGUGUGCUACCUCCUAAACCAUCUAAACACCUACUAAGUUUGGGGGGGGGGUUAAGGAGGCGAAUAAAAAUAUCAUGUAAAAAAACAUAUCCACAUAUUGAAGGCCUUGUAUUACUUUUAGCUGUUAACCUGCCUGUGGCGACACCGCAUUAAUAUUUGAGGACUCUGCGCAACUCUGGACGUGGACAGGUAGGGCACCAUGCGACUGAGCUUAGUGUUGAUCAUGACAGCAGUAGAAAAAAAAAGGGGGGGGGCCGGACACAUGUAUCAAACCGUCCCAGUGAAAGUGUUUGCAUGAAAGACAUCUUCAUCUGGUGGACGAGUUUACUCAAUGCUGCCUGGAGACGGCAACACACCCCCCUCCUUAAUCUCCAGUCAACACAGUGGAUGUUGGCACGCCCUCCUCCCUAAUAUCCAGUCACCAUAUUGGAUGUUGGCACACCCUCCUCCCUAAUCUCCAGUCACCAUAUUGGAUGUUGGCACGCCCUCCUCCCUAAUCUCCAGUCAACACACCCGAUGUUGGCACACCCCCGUUCUGGUCUUCGGUCCGUGUCAUUGAAUCAGUGACCUAUCUAUCUUGGGUGAUUUACCGGUCUUAUUCACAUACCGGUUGCACAUCAGAACUAGAUAACUGUGGUGUUGACGCAUUUGAUUGGAGAGUUCCCGUGAUGUUAUGAUAAUCUACAUACAGAAGCUGCCCUUUACAAAUAUAUAUAUAUAUAUAUAUAUAUAUAUAUAUAUAUAUAUAUAUAUCUGUUGUACGUAGGCUAUCUUUUAUUUAUCUUUCCUUGCCAGAUUAAAUAUUUUUUGUGUGCUCACAAUAGUCACAAUUCUACAGCACAUUACAAGUUUGAACUCUACAGAUCUGUCCACCCACACUUUUUAAAGUUUUCUCUUUACAAUUUUUAGGAGAGGCACUGGCACUUGUCCUAGUAUUGAAAACUGUAAGCUAGGACACUUGCCAUUUUUUUUCUUCUAAUGUGCAUUGUCCACCGGUUUCAUUGUCCUAGCUUAUAAGUUAUUGUGACACGAGGGAAAAAGUGAACACCCUUUAAUAAGGCCACAUAUAGAAUAGUAGUGGGGUUCCGUCCAUAAACUAAGCUUACAAAAUUACGUUUCCCUUUCGUUUGUCUCACGUGGCUAUAUUUCAUAAAUAUCACCCCCCCCCCCCUUUACCAUGACGUAGCUAGGGUUAGUGCCAUCAGGGGAAGUCAAGUUUUUUGCCGUAUAUCAUAUUUUAAAAGCUUAAAACAUGCCUAGAUCUCUGUAUUCACCACAGAAAAGACAAGACUAAGGAAUAUCCACGGCACGGGGUUCUUGAAAACAUACGACCACGCGCCGGCAUCAGCCGGGGACUAUGUGACGGCCGACUGCGACGUGGGCAGACGACACUCAUCGACACAACAAACAUCCGGCGACCAUGACGAGACUUUGG